AUGGCCUGUCACACCGAAUCGAUAGUAGCAGUACCAUCGAUGUUCAGCCAGCUCUAGUAAACUUCCAUCUCUAAGUCUUGUUUUUUUACUUUUAUGAGCAUCUAAUUGUACCGAUUUAAAUAAAAUAAUUAAUUAAACAAAAACUAACUGAUACGUGGGAAUAAUGGUGAAUGACUCUGGUCUAUCGACAGUGGACGACUUGGAGCAAAAACUUAACUCGGCCAAGCAGUCGCUGGUGAUCCUUAAUGAAAACAUUCGCCGCAUUGCUGGUCGCGUCCCCAAGGAUUCCCUGCAGAGAUCGGAAAAAUUCAAAUACACCCAAGAUGGCAAGAAGAACGACCACAAUGGAGACCGACCGUUUCCUCGAAAUGCACCCGGUGGUCUCUUUAAAGACAAGCGGCGAAUGUACGAGAGUAAGAACCCGAUUCCCCGUUUCCCCAUCGAAGAGAACGAGGGUCGGCCGCCAAGGAUUAACUCCCGGGUCAUCCGGGAGAUGCCAACCAAAAAGGAGAUCGUCGAGGCACAGGGUACAGACUCCGAGUCGAGGGCCAGAAAUCGCCGGAUGUUCGGAUCGUUGCUGGGAACCCUACAAAAGUUCUGUCAGGAGGAAUCGCGCCUAAAGAGCAAGGAGGAUAAAAAAGCUGAGAUCGAUAGGAAGGUGGAAAAACAGGAACUGCAGGAAAGAGCGAUGCUGAGGAAACAGCGUGAAACACUAUUCUUAGACAGGAAAAAAAAGCAAUUCGAGAUCCGCAGAUUAGAGUACAAAAUGGCCAGAAUGAAGGACUUCAAGGCCUGGGAAGCAACUAUGUUGAAUGCGAAAAAUAACAUCAGAACAAAAACGAAACCACACCUGUUCUUUAGGCCAAAAGUGCAUUCGCCUAGAACAGAAAAACUGUUGAGCAAAAGCAAAAGUGAAGCUGAUGUGUUUAUAGAAUUUAGGCGCGAAGAAUUGGAAGUCGAGCUAAGAAACUUGGAGAACAUGAACUUUGGGAAGGUGGAUGACGAUAAUGUAAUGGACGAAAGUUUCUAUGAAGAGCCUGACGACGAAGAACAGUUGGAUAAGUCUUCAUUAUACGUUAAAUAAAGUUCGAGAAAGUGAAUGAUGCUAUUCUAGGAAUUACAGAUUACAACUAAUUCAAAUUAAUAAAUUAUUUGCCAAAACAAUUGUUUUACUUCAGCGAAUGAAAGGGUGUUUAACAAGAACAGUUUGCGGGGCAAAACCAGUUUUUAGUAAUACAAAAAGUGUUGGCAUUAUAUUUGUGUACUAGAACUAAAACGCUGAACCAAAAUUGUUUACUGCAGCCAGGCUAGAUUUGUAUCUUUCAAACGAAUUUGUAAAAUUGUAAAUAAAAAAAAUGAAAAAUAAUUAUACACAAGAUAUCGGAUCGUAAGAUAGAUACUUUAAAUACCUAAUUAUGUAUUUAUAGAUAUAAUCACCCAGCAGCUAAAUCACGUUUAUAAUUCAAAUAUUUUAUUCUCGCUUCCAAAUUGUUUGAGGAAGUAAUCAAUUUAAAAUGAGGCGUUGAAAACAAUUAAUAUUCUUUAAGCGAUAAGUUAAGAACUCUGGAAAGAUAAUUAUUGCUCCUUCUUUUGAGCCGCUGAUUAACAUUUUUAAUUAAGACCAGUAGUCAGAAGCAAUUAACGAAUAAAGAAAAUGUUAACCACUGA